CUUCGUAUUUGGUAUUUGUGUUAAUUGCAUUUAUUCUAUGAAACAAUGGCAAAGUGCGUACAAAUUAUAUCUGAUCAAUAUUGAAACUUAACGUUUGUGUAAAGUGAAAUCAUGGAUAUAGCACAUAAUGCAAAUGACAAGUCGUCGAAUGGGGACGCGAUGUUAUGCUGCCGCGCCUGCCUGUCGACCGAUGGGAGAUUGUUUAACAUGCAUGAAUACAAGCUUGCCGACGCGUUCGCUCACAUCACAGGGACUCCUGUUGUCAGGGACAGGCAGCCACAGCACCUGUGCGCGUACUGCGGCGCGCGGCUGCUCAAAUGCGCGUCUUUCAGAGACAUGUGUCUGGAAGCACAGCAAUCACUCAGACUGGCCUUGCUCAAGGAAAAGUUGGAUACACAAAGUAUUAGCAGAAUAAAGCCUCCGUCCAAACAUAAUCUCACUAUUACCAAGGUUGAAACCACAGACUAUAUAGAUGCUCCACCAGACGACAUCAAACAUGAACCUGACAUAGACAAUAUAGACAUAGUAGACAUAGACGGUAUCAUAGGCAAGACUGAUUUGAAAGAGGAAGUUGAAAAAACUGACGAUAAAAGACCACUUAGGAAUAGGAAAAGAAAAAUUGGACCGAAGAAAAACCAAGCGAUUAAAAUUAAAAACAACGAUGAACCCAAAGUCAGUAUUUCAGAGACUAAAAUUAAGACAGAAAUAGAAAUUGAACGCAUAAAUUAUGAUGAAUAUGCGGUUGAAACUAAGAAAGAAGAAAUAGAAUCCGAUGAUAAUGUUGAUGAUGUAGAUAGCGAUAAGGAUUUCAUCAUUGCUAAAACUCCAGUGAAAAGAACGGCAGUUAAAAAGAAAGUGGUAUUAAAUAAAGAAGCCAAGAAAGGUACAAAGGCGGGCCGGGAAGUGAAAAGGAAAAGAAAGGAGGGUAAAAGGAGGUUUAGGGAUCCGGCCAAUGACAACAUGCCUAUAUUCGAUUUUGCUAAAUUUGAGAACGCUCAUGCAGUUAAAAUUGUGACUUUAACCAAGGAGGAACAAAUGGAAGAGAUAAACCUGCGGAAGAACACGAGGAAUUAUUUGGAGUCUAAUUUUCGGUGUGACGACUGCGGGAGAGGGUUUGACGCAGACGCGGCAUACAACAACCAUCUGCUGCGGCACAGUCCUAGCGAGGGCCAAUAUCCGUGUGAGAUCUGCGGCAUGCGUUUCAAGCUAAAAUGCAUGUGCCAACGCCACCAGGACGUGCAUCGGCUCAAGUUUAUAUGUAACGAGUGCAGCUACGUCUCUAGAGACAGGUAUCAAGCGAGGCGGCACCACGCCAUGCACACUGGCAAGACGUACGAGUGCCAGCACUGCGGGAAGGUUUUCAAUAAGAGUUCUACGUAUCUGUCGCACGUGCGCAUGGCGCACCCGGCGCUGAACGCCGCGUGCGACGUCUGCGGGGAGACGUUCGUGGGACAGCUGGGACUGAAGCUUCACAAGAGCAGGGCGCAUGCUGAGAAACCGCAACAAUUUAAGUGCACGACGUGUUCAGCGAACUUUAUCAGUUUAGAAGCUCUGAACAGACACACAGACACGGCCGGCGAGCACGGAGAGCUGCGGCCGUGCGAGCAGUGCGGCGAGAACUGUGCGAGCGAGCACAAGCUACAGGAACAUAUCACAGAGAGACAUCCGAAGGAAACCUAUAACUGUUCAGAGUGCGGCAUGUCGUUCCCUUCGUCGGCGGCGCGCGAGCUGCACCACAAGCGCAAGCAUUUAGGCCAGCGCUACACCGGCACCAAGCUCGACCGCGCCAUGCGCAAGCGGUACGCACAGAAGCCGCAGCCAAAAGGAGUGUUCGUGUGUGAGCAGUGUGGGCGAGUCGCGAAGAACGCGACCCUGCUGCGGUACCACCAGCGCAGCCAUCAGGAGGUGAAGCCGUUCGCCUGCAACAUCUGCCCGAAGAGCUUCCCCUUAAAAACGGCGCUAGAGGAGCAUAUCCGGUCGCACACGGGGGAGAAACCGUACCAGUGCCCCGAGUGCCCGCUCGCGUUCAGCCUGAAGGGGAACUUCAACCGACACCAUAAAACUGCGCACCAAGGACUCCGCGCCAACGUGCCGUGCUCGAUCUGCGGGCGCGUGUUCUCCACCAAGGCGGUGUUGCGCACGCACGUCAACACCGUGCACCACGGGCAACCCUGGCCUAAGCGAGACCGCACUAAACGACCUAAGAGCGGACACACCACGCCCAGCGGCGACACUCUAGUGCUCACUCAUAAUAAACAAUAG